UCUCAACAGCUUUAUCCCUGUAGUCCGCUCUCAGGUAACAUUCUGCCAUCAACCAUAGCUACUGUGAUUCCCCUUUUACUUGAUACAAGACUACUUUCUCUAACGAUUGUUCUCUGGUUAUGUUUGCAGAUAUUUAUUGAAGCUCUAUGUCAUGGUAAUUUGUCGGAAGACGAAGCAGUAAACAUAUCACGCAUAUUCAAAAACAGUUUGACAACUGAACCGCUCCCAGUCAAAUCUAGACACAGAGAGCAGAUAACGUGUUUCCCUCUGAGUGCCAAACUUGUAAGAGAUGUCAACGUGAAGAACAAAUCUGAAACAAACUCAGUAGUCGAGCUUUACUAUCAAAUCGAACCCGAGGAAGCUCAGUCAACAAAAAUGAAAGCUAUGCUGGAUCUAUUUCACGAAAUCAUAGAAGAGCCAUUGUUCAAUCAGUUAAGGACAAAGGAGCAGCUUGGUUAUGUUGUCGAGUGCGGCCCUCGCUUUACAUACCGUGUCCACGGUUUCUGUUUCUGUGUUCAAUCUUCAAAGUACGGUCCAGUUCAUUUAUUCGGGAGAAUCGACAAUUUCAUAAAAGACAUCGAAGGGCUUCUGGAACAACUCGAUGAAGAGUCCUUUGGAGAUUAUAGAAGCGGUGUGAUUGCUAGAUUGCUGGAAAAGGAUCCCUCUCUCUUGUCUGAAACAAACGAGUUAUGGAGUCAGAUUGUCGACAAAAGGUACAUGUUUGUUUACUCCCACAAAGAAGCAGAAGAGCUAAGAAGCAUAGAGAGAAGAAAGAUGUGAUCAGCUGGUACAAAACCUACUUCCGAGAAUCAUCACCCAAAUGUCGUAGGCUUGCGGUUAGGGAAUGGAGAUGCGAUACCAAUAUGAAAGAAACUCAAACAGAUCUUAAGUCAGUGCAGCAGGUCAUCGCAGACGCUGUGGCUUUCAAGUCAACCUCUCAGUUUUACCCAAGCCUCUGCUACUGAGCAACAAUAGUUACUAUUUAUUUACACAAUUGCUUCAAUUUUUCCUUGAUAUUGUUUUUCAUUAACACAAUUUCCUUUAUCGCUGGGAGAAAAAAGUAUGUUUUGUUAUUAUUUGAAGAUAUUCAUUUAAAAUUAUGUUUUUGUCGGUUGGUUAAGGUAGAAAGCUUAUAUACUAGAUUAUAACA